AUGAAACAGGCUGUGACUAGGCAGUUUCUUGGCUUGGCUGAAUUGAUUACCCCUGUUUUGAAGGAAUCUAAAUUUAGAGAAAGCGGAAUGAUUACUCCCGCCGAAUUUGUAUUGGCAGGCGAUUACUUGGUUCAUCAUUGCCCAACUUGGCAAUGGGCUUCAGGGGACGAAUCCCUCGUACGAAAUUUCCUUCCACCAGAAAAGCAAUACCUCAUAACCCGAAGCGUUCCUUGUUAUAAAAGGAUUAAACAUAUGGAGAUAGGAAGCGAUGCCUGUGAGAAUAUUCUUGAAGCGGACGAUCCUGACGGCGGUUGGGUUGACACUCAUAAUCUCUCUGAAGGCCAUGGUAGUCCUUUUCAUUUGGUUAGCUUGCGUAGCUGGUGA